CGCGGACCGGAAACCAGACUAUAAUAUGAAAACAGCACCUGCUGUCAGCGGCUCUGUCGAAUUGCUGAAUUCUGUUAGAGCAGAUUCAUCAUGGCGCCCAUCUUGGCCACGAGGCGGUUGUCAGACCCCCACAUUGUCCAGCAGUUAUGGGAGGCAGUCACGGCCAUCCGCAACCAGAAACAGGUGGCCAACUUGGACCGCAUCCUCAAGUUCAUGAAGCGCGAGUACAGCGUCAUUGCUAAGGAGACGCAGCAACAGUUAGCCUAUGCCACUAAAGACGGGUUGAUUGUCAAGGAUAACUCGAGAGCCAAGAAGGGCAUGAGGGCUGGCCAAGAGCAGGAGGCCUACUGGUGUGCCGUGGAACAGGAAGAAGAGAGCAAGGAGUCACAUGACUGGUACUGCUGCAAGUGUCACGGCCCGGGGGAGGUCCUGUGCUGUGGGUCUUGUUACCGUGUGUAUCACCCAGAGUGUGUGACGGAGGGGGCGGAUGUGAGUAAGCUUGGGUCGUCUUGGACGUGUCCUGCCUGCAAGUCAAUCAAAUCACCCCAUCAGAAACUCAACAAGGCAGUAUUGUACAAGCUUCUCAUUCACGUUCUGAAUAGGAUGAAAGACAAGGUAUCGGCACGAGAUCUGCAUCGGAAGUUGAACAUGGGCAGCCUUCCCAACUACUACAACCUUGUAUACAAGCACGUCGAUCUUGCCACGAUCAUGCAGAAAGUUGACGACAAGAAGUACCGGAGCAUCGAAGACUUUCAGGCAGAUGCUGAGAUGAUGGUGCAUACAUCGUUCAUCUACCACGGCCGGACACACGAACGCACAGAUCUCUGCCAGUUCACUCUCAACGACUGCAACUAUGACUUGGCAGAAAUUCAGCUGUGUAAGGAUUGCUACUUGAUGUCCAACAGUCGCACUGAGAAGGGAUGGUUCUGCAAACCCUGUGACCCUGCUCAUGAGGUUGUAUGGGCUCAGAUGAAGGGCUUUGGCUAUUGGCCAGCCAAGGUCUUGCAAAGAGUGGACGGCAACGUGGAUGUCAGAUUCUUUGGCAGUAGACACCAAAGAGCUUGGAUUCCUGAGGAGAAGACCAGAGACAUCAGCACCCAUCACAGCAAACUCAGCGUCAAGGCCACCCAGGGCUGGCGCAAGGCACGUAAGGAGCUACAGACGUACCUCGGACACAACUCAAGAUCUGAUAGUGAGGAAUCAGAGGACACUAAGCCCAGACGCAAGCGAAGUCAUGACUCCUCCAGCAAGACAGACAUGGAGGAUGAAGACGACAUGGUGUCCAGUACCUACAGCGAUGGUGGCCAGGGUGAAACAAAGCAGUCAAGAUUGCAGGACCACUCUGUAUCGACGAGUCAAGCAUCGCCAGACGGGGUCGCAGAUGAGAGUGCAGCUAAGAAGGAGCAUUCCUCAUCAACCACUCCACCAUCCUCCCCCAAUCCAGCUCCUCCAGAGGUUAUCGCACCUCCUCCUACCAAAAAGCAGAGAAGAAACUCCACCAGCGUUGUUGAGCACCAGGAGAUGCCGCAGCUACCCAAAGUGCCAGACGGGGAGAGCACCAGCAGCGGCAGCCCCCUGCAGUGCAAGUGCCAGGAGCAAUUUGAUGCCAAGCUGGCGGAGAAGCUGGCCCAGCAGCAGAAGGAGCUGCAGAAGGAGCACCAGAAGGUGCUGGAGAAAGCCGUCAAGGAAGCACUGAAGAAGGCCAAGGAGGAGUUCAAGGCAGAGAAGGAGAAGGCCCUGGCCCAUGCCAAGGAAAGCGCCAAGAUGGAACUGGAUACGGAGCGUAAGGAGGCAGCGGAGAGGGCCCAGCAAGACAAGGAUGAGGAGCUGGAGAAACUCAAGACCAAACACAAGGAGGAGAUCUCCUUCACUAAGAAGAGACAGUGGUGCAUCAACUGUGAGCAGGAGGCCAUGUAUCACUGCUGUUGGAACACCUCCUACUGCAGCAUCAGCUGCCAACAGUCCCACUGGCACAAAGAACACAAGCGCCUUUGCCGACGUAAACGAUGAUUGGCCCUGCCCCUGCAAAGGUCAUGCAACGGGUCAUCACACAAGGUCAGGUCUUGAAAAAAAACCAACACACAUUGCAUAAGUUGUUGUAAAAUAUUGUAAAUAUUGAACUUAGCAAGACUUUUUAAAGAAGAUACUCUGUUUUGUCGUUUUGGCUUCUCUCUGUAGGUCCUUUCCUUCAGACGCGUCUAGGUUGUAAAUAAUAAAGUUUGUGGUAGAAAAGUCAUGAGCUGUGUUCGCAUUGGACUUAAUUUUGUAAAAAAUGUUACUGCGAGUGAUUGUUAACAUUCCGUUGUGGUUAUUUACUGUGCGUCGCACUUGGGCAAAUUUUGGACUGCGGACAGUCAUUCAUUAAGUAAAACUAGCGAUGUAAUUCUUCUGCGACCCAGUUGGUCCUCUAAAACUUACCACUGCGAACCUUAACUUGCAAUCGACAGUCAACACUUGACAAUUUACCGGCUGUCUGCAUUGGACUUCAAUUUUUAUCAAGUUGACAACAGUUUUGGUAAAGUUGACAACAGUUUUGGUAAAGUUGACAACAGUUUUGGUAAAGUUGACAACAGUUUCGGUAAAGUUGACAACAGUUUCGGUAAAGUUGACAACAAUCUCUGUUAGUUUUACCCCAAACCAAGUCCAAUGCGAACACGGCUAUAGAGACAGGUUUUCAGUGGGAAUAUGCUAGUAACUUAGACAAACUUUUUUAUUUGUACAAAGUUUAAGUUAUUUACUUUGAAAAGGAAAUUUUUCCUUUUUGUUUUCCAGAGAGCCUAUGGAAUUAAACAUUUGAAAAGAUAAAACAGGUUUAUGAGAAAAAACGAGCUUAUAACACUCUCAAAACUAUACAAGUGGAUAUUGUUGAUGAAGCCACUUUAAACAGAACUUCUGAAAUCUAGGUUUUUUUUGUUUCCAAGUUGGUACAGCUUAAAAGCUUAUGUAGGAGGAGAAAACUCUGAUCUUAUUAGAAAAGGGAAAAGUGUUGGACAGCUUUUUGCCAUUCAAAUCUUGUUUUUGUAUUUGGUGUCUCUUUUGUAGAUUUUAAAACAUCUCAUUUUAAACUGUGUGAAUGAAUAAUGGUGUAAAUAUUUUGGGCUUAAUUAAAGGGCGUAAUCUGAAAAUUUGCUGACGUAAAUGAUCUAUAAUUGAAUAUGAAAUUCUCAACUUGUCACACUUAUUGAAGUUCUGGUGCAUUUUCUUGGGUUUUUGCAGCUCAAGAGUUGGCGUGACCUAGGAUAGAAUGUUGUGCGUUGAGUGUGAUAGAUUUUAAUGAAGAUGUAAAUUGGCCUUCACGAAGUUAUUCUAAUGCUCACAGUAGGUGUACAAGUUGUGCAUUAGUUUAAAGAGUGUCUUGGGUUCAGCUGGGGCCAAAUGCAUAAAGCUGCUAAGCACACAGAUUUGCUUAGCAUGAAAAGUCUGCUUUGGCAAAAACAGGAUUACCAACCAAAUUUCCAUGUGAUGUGUAUUGCUUGUGAUUGGUAUUCGGCUGUUGUAGGCAUAGCAUGAAAAUCACAUGGAGUUUUUGGCUGGUAACCUGCUUUUACUAAGCCAGACUUUUUUUUUGGCUAAGCAUAUUUUUGUGUUGAAGCAGCUGCAUGAAGUUGGCCCCAGAUCAAUAAUCUCUUGAUGCUGACUGGAUAGUGCAUGCCCCAUAUGCCGUACACUUAGUUGUGUGGCUUUUCAACCAGUUCGCACCCGGUCUUCUCAAUAUGGCUGAUAUACAGAAGUUGUACACCGACUGUACAGCUUGCACUUAUCAAGACUUUUUGUUUUUGAUUAUAUUUACAAACAUCGUAAAAAGUGAAUUGCAACGUUUUUUUUUAAAGUGAACCACGCCAUUUGAAAACCUGUGAACGACGGCGAACAAAAGAUGAACCAUAAUGUUAGAAAAGUGAAUCAAUGUUUGGAAACAGUUUCAAGACGGAGAGUUGUCCUUAUCAGAACAUCGACUCGGUCUCCCCAACAUGGCGUCAGUUGACUUCGACUUUUGAUUGCUUUCAUGCACUAUCCAGUCAUUGAUUUUACUGGUUAAGGAUUAGUCUAAGAAGCUGUGUGUUUGAUUCUGGCACUGAGCUUACACAAAUUAUUAAGUGUUAUUCCACCCAACAGAUUGUCAGUUUCACAAAUAAUGUGACCAAAGUUUCAUUUUUUUACAGGGUUGUCAAGGUACUUCUAUUCAAACAGUGUUUAGUUUAUUGUUUUGCCGAAUUUAAAUGAGGCCAGCCUAUGAUGACUAUAGAUGGCCAAGGUGUAAAAUAUUUUUUGUUUGUUUGCAGUUGGCUCUUUUUAUUUAUUAAUGUGACGACAAUUGUACUGAAUCAGAAGAGUGUAUGAUACACGGACGUGCAUCAUUUGAAAAGCGUUUCUGAUUUUGAGUUUUAGGAUGUGUAAAGGUCGACGUAUGUCAUAGCUGAAAUGUUUCUGUGUUUCCUGUGUGAAGGGUAGCAUGUAAUGUACAUGUACAGUACAGAAUUUGUAAAGUUUUGUUGAUUGAAUAUUUAGUGAACGAAAUAAUGUCUGACAGCGAGUGAAGUAAUGUCAUUUAUCUGCGUUUGAGGGAAUGUGGUUAGGCCAAAAAAAAAAGUCUCCGGUUUCUGGUAUAGAGCUUGCCAAAAAAGUGGUGCGGCAACACAGCUUUUUUUUUUUUUUUUAACCUUUUUUUUUGCUUCAAAUGUCGGCUGAUGACUGCAAAUGGUGCCCGACUGAACUUAUUGCAAAUAUUAUGGGAGACCAGAGAGGCCACAUAAAGCUUAUUCUCGAUCAUAACCCCAUCUGAAAACACGUUAUAAAAUUGUGCAUCAGCAGGAUUCCAGUCAAACCAGUGAGUUUGGCGGUUUUGAGACAUCAUCUUUCAUUGAAAAACAAACGUUUUUAUUUUGCCGACGCGCAUGGCUACGGCGACGCGCGCGCAUACCAGAAACCGGAGACUUUUUUUUUUGGCGUUAACUACUUGCGAGUAAUUUCUUUGCGAGUAUUCAAGUUGACAAGUCCAUUACUCGCCCAGGACUAGUGUUAAUGUCAUUUUCAUGCAUUUGUGGGAAUUUGGUUAACUACUCGCAAGUACUCCACUACUCCAGAGUAAUUUCUUCGCAAGUACUUGGGUUGCAAAUUCACUCCCUGCCAAGGACUAGAAUGAACUAUGCUGAGAAGUAUACAUGUACAUGUAGUAAAGUGUGUAAAAAAUAUUGUUUAUUAUGUUUUAGAGGACCAAAAGCAGUCAUAUAGGUGCUGAUCAUGGGUGGGUAAUGUAUUCAUCCAGAAGUAACAGGACUGGAAUUCAUCUUGACUGGCUUCCAGCAUUGUAAAGAGUGACUUCCAUUAAAAAAAAGACGGAUAUUUGAAUUUGUUCUCUAUUCAUGUUCCUAGCACUAUACAUGUAGUUCAUGCACUGAUAGAGCUCACUGGCCUCUGUACUAACUGGAAUUGCUGCUACACACUAAAUGGUUGAUGCAACUUGAAGCAACUGAUCUGCCAUCUUGGAUCCCCCAAAACCCAGGCAGGGACAUACUACGUGUCAAAAAACUGUCCUACUCAUGAUCCUACAUAACUCUGUUGUUUACCAAUGGAAUUAAACCAAAUUUUCAUAUCAUGUAAACAAGGCAUGACAGAUGUUAUCGAGUGAGUUUCAUUAGCUUGGUGCUAAGAGGGUUUUAUUUAAAUGGCACAUGAAAACAAUACUCACUUUCAGAAUCUGCCACUUUCGACUUAGCGUCCUCCUGUGUUGAUACAGCGCUGUAGAUGGUGGCGGAAGGCGGGUGCUGCGGCCAAAAGCUUCUAAAGGAAUGCAGGAUCACCCCUGAUGUCAUUGCACAUCUCCCCAAUCAUUUGGCACACCACCUGAUCAAGGAGGUGUGCAAUGACAUCAGGGGUGAUCCUGCAUUCCUUCAGAAGCUUGCAGGCGCAGCACGUGCCUCACCGUCUCCAGCGCUGUAUCAACAUUCUGAAAGCGAGUAUUUUUUCAUAUGACCCUUUUAAAUCUGACCCUCUUAAAUCUGACCCUCUUAAAUCUGACCCUCUUGCACAAAGCUGAUGAAAUGAAUAAAAUCCAUAAAAUUUGUCAUGCCAUGUUUACAUGAUCUGAAUUUUUUUUUUAUGACAUGUUUUUUUUUUUGACACGUAGUACAUGUACAUCAUUCUGCAGUUGAGGUGUGUUUUUUUUUCCAUUUAUAACAGCAAUUCCCCAAUUAUUAUCUGGAUAUUGGCCUCUGGCCACUGGAAGGUCCUAGGGAUAGGAUUGUUUUAUCUCAAUUAUUGACUAGUAACUGUGAACAUUUCAUGUUAUUUGCGUACUGUGUGCACAAGUUAUGUCUGUUUUUGGAAGGAUUUCCAUAUACGAAGUUCACUCAACACCCCGUGUACAAAAUUGGACUGAAAAAUUCUAAGUGUUUUCUAAGAAAAUGCUUGUAUUUUCUCACUGCUCAAAAUGACUUUGAUGACAUGAAAUUGCCAUCUGGGGGCUUGUUAGUCAAUACAGAGGAAAAUUAGUGAACUUCGUAUAUGGAAAUCUUUCCCUGUUUUUAUACAAACAUCACAAUUUUUAGCUGUCCACCAAUGGUCAUGUACUAUUCAAAUACAAUGAAACAAGGGCAUUUUCCUUGAAAAUCACCAUUAUUUCAGACAAAAAUCACCAUCUAAUUUGUAUUUGAAUGCCUGUGAAAUCUCUGGUUCUCAGCUCAACAGCUGUAAAAAUGGAUAGUUUUAGUAAAAUAUGCUUAACUUCCCAUAGCAUGGAUCACCGUCAGUAAUUCCUUUUUUCAAACCUGGAAAAACAUGCUCAUUUCAUUCGUUGGCGUGUCAAAUUUAAUUGCAUUUUAAGGGGGAAAAAAUAAUUAAUCCAGGUCACUUUCUUUUUGACUUACCCUGUAGAGAAUUUUUCUUGCGAAUGGAUUUGAUUCGCAGAAAUUUAAGUUUUGAGAUAGAUGUAAAUGUACAGUUAAAACAUCCGAGUGUACAGACAUAAAAAUGAUUACUUGCAAAUUAAUGUUUUAAACUAUUAAUAUUUUCUGGGCAUUACUUGUAUUUUGUUUCAUAAAAUCCCAACAAUUGUGUGAACAAUUGAAGCGCCCUCUACUGGUGCAUUUGAGAGAUGGCCUCACAUGCAAGUGAAUACAAGGUGCAUCUUGCCUUCAGUGCAGAUCACAUACAAAUGCUAUAGGAACAAAGUUUUGAACCUGAUCAUUGAUGAGUCAGCAUCAGUUCAUGUUUAACCCUCCUUUGCAAAUAUACUUUCUGUGCCAAGUACAUGUAGUCCUUUCAGUCAAAAUCAAGUGACUGUUUUCAAUAGUUACGAAUUCCCAGCCUACGUAAAGCAGGAUUGACUGGCUGGGACUGUUUAAGUAACUUGAUACAGCUAUGCUUUGACUCGGGGUGAGUGAUGAAACAGCUGUGACCACAACUUGCCUGCUUUGUCUGUCGACCCAGUUUGACUAGUCACAGUGCUUGCUUGACAUAUGAUCUGACUGCUGGUGACUAGCCUUUGUUAAAAGUAUAGCAGGGGAAGUGGAAGUGAACUUUGACUGACUGUGACUGUUUAAAUAGCAGUGGGGUUAAUUGAAUUAGUUCUAGGCGAAGCAUUCUAUUGUUUGCUUUUUUCUUCAUUACUUUGUGCUUGCUUCUACUAAUUAAUCCUCAAUUUGUUUAUAGACCAAAUACUCUUGAGAAAGAUAAAUUUCACUAAAGGUAAAUUAAUAAGUACAGUAAAUGGAUAUUGGUAUUGGUACUUUUGUAAACUUUAAUAGCCAUAUACAUUAUUUACAAAACAAACUUAGCAAAUCUGUUUCACAAAUCUAACAAACGGAAUGGGGCGGUUAUUAAAGUUUAUGUUUUCUUCCCAUUUUCUCUCUUCAAGAGAUGAACAAGUCUUCUGUUAGAAAAUCUGCCAAAGAAUAGAAAGCAGCCAUUUUGUUUAAAACGCUUUUCAUUUCUUCCAAAAUCAAUGCCUGAUUGUGAUUUGUGUAUACAUGUGUAAGGAUUCUCAGUAUUUUUCUUUUGAAACAACUAUUAUGAAACACUUGUUCGGUUUCUUGGGCCAGCUGUGAAUUUAGUGUAUAGUAUUGUUUUUAUAAAGAUGGUACUUCUCCAGCAACUGAAGAGUUUGUUUUGUGCUUAAAUGCUUAAAUGAACAUUUUUGAUGAUAAUGCCCCUAAAUGUACAUGGAUGUAUAACUUGGCUUCCAUGGAAAAAAAAAAUUGUACUGGUCACUCGCGAAAGUUGUAUACAAAAAUAAUAUUACGAAGAGCGCCUUAAAAAUAAAAAUGACUGAUCAUAUAGUUCAUAUAAAAAAGUCUAUUCCACGCAAUUGGAAAGCGUGUAAAAAACCAAUGGGAGCUAUUGCAAAAAGGAGGAACAAUAGGAAAAAUUCAAUUCAUACAAACACACCCACUAACAUUAUGUACCACUGUGGACAUUCCUUUGCUUUUGCAAGAAAAAAAGUAAUUUUACUCUCACUAUGAACACUCUUUCAACCUGAAUUUUCAAUUUCCUUGACUGUUCCCCUUCAUUUUGCGACAGAUAACCCUAACCCCAAAAUUCCUCUAAAACUGAGGGGGAAACCUUGUGUGGACAUGGGCAAGGCCACAAAACAUUCAAGCUUCCUGUACCACAUCUAUGUGGAUCGCUUUUGUCCACAGAGAGUAUGCAAUUUUAGAGCAAGAGUUUUUUUUUUACUAUACUUAUGAGGACCCCUUAUUGUUCCCUUCUUUUGUUCCUAUUGUUUGUACUCUAAUCUUUUCUCGACAUCUCCCAUAAGGUUUGUACACGAAAACCUUUGGUUAUUAUCACCACAGGAGAACCCAUUGCCCCAAGUCCUCAGAAGUAAAAGAUAACACGAUCUAAAAUAUAUGGGUAAAUCUUUAUUUUAGUUUUGUGCGCUUGGAGACCACUUUUAUUAAGCUUACCUUGUCUCGUGUAAGGUAGGAAUACAGGUCAACCAACUCUCAAACAAUGCUAGUAGAAAAUAAUAGAAAUGAUUCCAGAUACAUUUUGUUUACUUGGUCAGUAAACCUCCUGUGCAUCCAUUGCUACAGUAAUAAAUUAAGAAAGAACACUCACUGAGAUACAAUGUACCUACAAUGCAUAAGGUCUAUAGAUAUAACCAAAUAUAAAAAUGUCUUAGUGAGUACAUAAACACAGCAACAGCAGAAAGUCCACACUCAUUGGAGGGUUCAUAAUUGUGAAUUUGAUCGUCUAAUGAUGACGUCAUAAGACCUUUGGGGAAUUUGUUUGCUACCAAAGACUGUAAAUCGUCCGAGUCCAAGAUUGACAACAGUUUUGAAAACUAACACAGUUUGAAAAGUUGCAAAUUUAAAGACUACACGAGGAGAAAUUGCUAAGUGCAAACACACAUGCCCGUAAUUGGCCCCUAUCGACUGCACAGUGCCCAAACAAAGCGCAGGUAAUUCAAUUUCGCGUGCUCCCAUGCAUACAAGCACUGUGCGUUCAAUAUUUCCUGCCGUUUGUUUCAGGCAGUGUUGCAUUGUCACGCAGUAUUUUCCACUCGCAUACUCUGCAACUUUUCCAACUGCAUCAUUUUUCACAAACCGUUGCCAAUCUUGGACGAUUUACAGUCAUUGGUAGCAAACAGGGUAUCAAAAUGUAAACAUUUCCCAAAGGUCUGUAAAAAAUAAGUUAUCAUGAAAUUAUCAAAUUCAACAUUAUGACCCACCCAAUGAGUGUGUUUACAUGUAGGUGUACAAGUACAGGGUGAGUCAAAAAGAAAGUGACCGAAUUAGAAAAAAAAAUGUUU